GGAAUACAUUCAUUUUCUUGGAAGAGUGUUUUCAUAAUUUUCAAGAGGAUCCAGCCAAAAGGAAAACAAUACGUGAGUUAGGCUGAAGGUUCCUGUUUGCAAGAAAACAUUAUAGAAGACACGAACUCAUCCCCAUCCUUGAACAGGUCAUAUAAAUUAUGCCAACUAAACAAGCAUGCUAAGACAAUUAGUGAUAUGUACUGAGCUAAACAAAAAGGAGCACGGUAUACCAGUGGCCGUCUUAUGGAUUAACGGAAUUAAAGAAAUGAAAUUCACCAUGAACAGUACCAGAAUAAGGCUUCAAUAGUGUAAAAUUUCCCAUGACAAGCCACAAGACUCCAAUAGAUAGCUGUUGCACUUGUAUGGAAAUGCCGGCGAGUGCUCUCUUUCUUUCUCCUAUAUAUACUGGUGUGCAAUACAAUACAUUUCCAAAACAUAACUUUGCCUUCUUUGCCCUUCUACUUCUCCCUUCAGAUAUGGCUUCUGCAUGUUUCUUCUCUCUCAUUUUCCUCCUAAGUUUCCAUAAUGCAAUUGCCUUGAAAAAUGAUUUUUCAUCUCUCUUUGAAACUACUAAACCAAUUAGUGUACAAACAUACAUUGUCCAUGUGAAACAACCAGAAGGCAGAGUUCUUUUGCAAUCAGAAGACCUAGAAAGCUGGCACAAAUCCUUUUUACCAGCUAAAACUGAUAGCCCAGAUAGGCAGCCAAAUCUGGUUUACUCAUACAGAAAUGUAAUUAGUGGUUUUGCAGCAAGGCUUACUCUAGAGGAAGUAAAGGCUAUGGAAGAGAAGGAUGGGUUCAUCUCCGCACGUCCUGAAAGGAUGUUAAAGAAACAAACAACACGUACACCCAAUUUCUUGGGACUCUUCCAGCAAACAGGUUUAUGGAAAAAAUCAAAUUUCGGGAAGGGAGUGAUUAUUGGAGUACUGGAUGGCGGAAUUUUUCGCAACCAUCCUUCAUUCAGUGAUGCAGAAAUUCCACCUCCACCUGCUAAAUGGAAAGGAAGGUGUGAGUUUAACUUGUCGGACUGUAACAAUAAAUUAAUUGGUGCAAGAACUUUCAACCUGGGAGCCAAGGCACUAAAGGGUGAGAAAGCUGAGGCACCAAUUGAUGUGGAUGGACAUGGGACGCACACAGCAAGCACAGCUGCUGGUGGGUUUGUGAAGAAUGCUGAGGCUCUAGGAAAUGCUGAAGGUACAGCAGUAGGGAUGGCACCUUAUGCUCACUUGGCAAUAUACAAGGUGUGCUUCGGAGAACCAGGAGAUGACUGUCCAGAGAGUGACAUACUGGCUGGGCUUGAAGCUGCUGUUGAGGAUGGUGUUGAUGUGCUCUCACUCUCCCUAGGUGACGUAUCAUCUCCAUUUUUCCAGGACAAUAUUGCAGUAGGCUCAUUUGCCGCAAUCCAAAAGGGAAUUUUUGUAAGCUGUUCAGCUGGAAAUUCUGGCCCAUUCAAUGGCACUUUAUCCAAUGAAGCCCCUUGGAUUCUCACAGUUGGAGCAAGUACCAUAGACAGAAGCAUCAUAGCCACAGCAAAGCUAGGAAAUGGAGAAGAAUUUGAUGGUGAAUCGACCCAGCGGACAACAGAUAUUACUCCAAAACAAUUGCCUCUUGUUUAUGCUGGUACAAAUGGUAAAUCAGAGUCUGCAGUAUGCGCCCAAGGAUCCCUGAAAGAUAUUGAUGUCAAAAAUAAGGUUGUUGCUUGUGAGCGAGGUGGAGGAGUAGGAAGAAUCGCAAAGGGGGAGGAAGUGAAAAACGCUGGGGGUGCUGCCAUGAUUCUCCUGAACCAAGAAAGUGAUGGCUUCAGUACCAAUGCAGAUGCUCAUGUUCUCCCUGCGACACACGUAACCUUUGUUGAUGGACUGAAGAUCAAAGCCUACAUAAAUUCAACGGCAACACCAACAGCAUCAAUCUUAUUCAAAGGAACUGAGAUUGGGAACUCAUUAGCCCCUAUUGUUGCUUCUUUCUCUUCAAGAGGCCCCAACCUACAAAGUCCAGGUAUUCUGAAACCAGAUAUCAUUGGACCAGGUGUAAACAUUCUAGCAGCAUGGCCAUUUCCUCUUGACGAUACAACAGAUCCAAAAUUAACUUUCAACAUAAUGUCUGGCACAUCAAUGUCAUGUCCUCAUCUCAGUGGAAUUGCAGCAUUGCUCAAGAGCUCUCAUCCUUACUGGUCACCAGCAGCCAUUAAAUCUGCUAUAAUGACCUCUGCUGAUAUAGUAACUAUAGAAGGCACACCCAUUCUUGAUCAGACACUUCAGCCUGCAGACCUCUUUGCCACUGGUGCAGGCCAUGUCAAUCCAUCAAGAGCUAAUGACCCAGGAUUAAUUUAUGAUAUUCAACCCGAUGAUUAUGUACCUUAUCUGUGCGGACUGGGCUACAAAGAUGAAGAAGUUGGGAUCAUUGCUCACAGACCAAUAAAAUGCUCAGAAGAAUCAAGCAUACCUGAAGGAGAUCUAAACUACCCUUCAUUUUCUGUCACACUAGGACCAUCUCAGACAUUCACAAGAACUGUGACAAAUGUUGGUGAGGCUUAUUCAUCUUAUACAGCGAAAAUUGUCACACCAGAAGGAGUCGAUGUGAGUGUCAAGCCAAACAAGCUUGUCUUCUCAAAGGUGAAUCAAAAGAUGACAUACUCAGUAAAAUUCAGUCGCACUGCUUCAAAUGGUAAAAUACAUGAAUAUGACCAAGGGUUUCUUACAUGGGUUUCUGCCAAACAAUCUGUUAGGAGUCCAAUCUCUGUUAGGUUCCAGUGAGGAUUAGAUGCAUUCCGCAUGGAAGGCAAGCAGUGACCCCUAGGUCAUAAUUAAAAUCUCCUAGCAAUGUAUGUGAUUUAACCUAUUUACCAUCUGAUGUCAUGUUAUUUUAUAGUAACAUAGUAAACUUUCGAAGCUGAUGGCUGACAGAGUAGCGCAGUGACCUCUAGUUCAGUGCAAUUAACAUUAUCUCAUCCAAACAAUCAAGUAAUAACCAGUGUUCUGCAUCUAUAAUGUUGAAGAGAAUCACCUAAAAUGAUCCACGUCAAAAAUUAAGACGCAAAGCAAAAAAUAAUCAGCCUUUAAGAU